CCAAUUUUGGAGUUCAGAAUAAUACAUAUGAAUUUACUCUGUUUUACAAUCUUUAUAAUCUUUUUAUGGAAAUCUGUACCCAUGCAUUGUUGGGGAAACUGAAAAAUGGUUUCAAAGACUUUUGGUUCUUCUUCUCAGGUAUGAAACUUCGAGUUCUUGUUCUGUUAUUUAUUUAUUAUUUUAAAUUUCUAUAGUUUGCUGACAUAUCAUGUUGUCCAACCACCAAAUUUUCACAAGUGCCUUUCCUGUUCAUUAUAGUCCUCCAAAUGGUUUCCAUUUUGAAGUCAAUGAUGAAUCUUCACCUAUACAGGCAGUUAUCUGUUUGGAUGGUGAUGGUUGCAAAUUAAGAAGUGGACUGGUGAAAAUUGAGGAAGGUUUAACUCUUGACACGUUAAUUGCUUAUGAUUCAUGUGAUCUUUGGCCGCUUAGGUAUUGUUGACAAUGAUGUCGUCGAGCUAAAUUAUCUACAACAAUAGGUGUGUAUAUGAAUUGUGCUUUUUUACUUGCAACUUCACUUUCAAUUC